AUUGCGCUGAACCUAUAUAUACUCGAAUUGACUCGCUGAUUUUUUCCCUGGAACAACUUCAGUUUUUCAGUCUAAUUUCUUUCUUUUCUUCUUCAUCUUUCCCUGUCUUCUCUUGUCUUACUCAAUUACCAUGUCGUCCCUUUCUCCUCACGACCACCAUGGCAAGAUCAACCAGAUGAGAAGAGACUCCACUGUGUUGGGCCCAAUGAACAAGAUCUUGGUGGCUAACCGUGGAGAAAUCCCCAUCAGAAUCUUCAGAACUGCUCACGAAUUGUCAAUGCAGACCGUAGCCAUCUACUCACAUGAAGAUCGUUUGUCGAUGCACCGUCUUAAAGCUGAUGAAUCUUAUGUUAUCGGUAAGAAGGGAGAAUUCUCUCCCGUUGGUGCCUACUUGCAAAUCGACGAAAUUAUCAAGAUUGCAAAGACCCACAACGUCAACAUGAUUCACCCUGGGUACGGGUUUCUUUCGGAAAACUCUGAGUUUGCCAGAAAGGUCGAGGAAGCUGGUAUUGCCUGGAUUGGACCUACACACGAAACCAUCGAUGCUGUUGGUGACAAGGUUUCUGCUAGAAACUUAGCUUUGGCCAACGAUGUCCCAGUUGUCCCAGGUACCCCAGGGCCAAUUGACUCUGUAGAAGAAGCUGAAGCCUUUGUGGAGAAGUACGGCUAUCCUGUUAUCAUCAAAGCUGCCUUUGGUGGUGGUGGUAGAGGUAUGAGAGUCGUCAGAGAAGGCGAUGACAUCGGCGAUGCCUUCAAGAGAGCCACUUCCGAAGCCAAGACUGCUUUUGGUAAUGGUACGUGUUUCAUUGAGAGAUUCUUAGACAAACCCAAACAUAUCGAAGUGCAAUUGUUGGCUGACGGAUACGGCAACGUCAUCCAUCUCUUUGAAAGAGACUGUUCCGUGCAAAGAAGACACCAGAAGGUGGUCGAAAUUGCCCCAGCCAAGAACUUGCCCAAGGCUGUUAGAGACGCUAUCUUGACCGACGCCGUCAAAUUGGCCAAGUCGGCCAACUACAGAAACGCUGGUACGGCCGAGUUCCUUGUAGAUGAACAAAACAGACACUAUUUCAUUGAAAUCAACCCUAGAAUCCAGGUUGAACAUACAAUCACUGAAGAAAUCACUGGAGUUGAUAUCGUAGCUGCCCAAAUCCAGAUUGCUGCAGGUGCCUCGUUGCAACAGUUGGGUCUCUUGCAAGACAAGAUCACCACGCGUGGUUUUGCUAUCCAGUGUAGAAUCACUACCGAAGACCCAUCCAAGAACUUCCAGCCAGACACCGGUAAGAUCGAAGUGUACAGAUCUUCUGGUGGUAACGGUGUGAGAUUGGACGGUGGUAACGGGUUUGCUGGUUCCAUUAUCAGUCCUCAUUACGACUCGAUGUUGGUGAAGUGUUCUACUUCUGGUUCCACCUACGAGAUCGCCAGAAGAAAGAUGUUGCGUGCAUUGAUUGAAUUCAGAAUCAGAGGUGUCAAAACCAACAUUCCAUUUUUGUUGGCUCUUUUGACCAACGAGACGUUUAUUAGCGGUAGCUGUUGGACGACUUUUAUUGAUGAUACUCCUUCCCUUUUCCAGAUGAUCUCCUCUCAAAACAGAGCCAACAAGAUCUUGAGCUAUUUGGCUGACUUGAUUGUCAAUGGUUCUUCCAUCAAAGGUCAAGUUGGUCUUCCAAAGUUGAACGAAGAAGCUGAGAUCCCUACGAUCCACGAUCCAAAAACCGGAAUUCCUAUUGACGUCGAACUCAACCCCGCACCAAGAGGCUGGAGACAGGUUCUUUUGGAAGAGGGACCAGAUGCCUUUGCUAAGAAGGUUCGUAAUUUCAAUGGUACCUUGAUCACCGACACUACUUGGAGAGAUGCCCACCAGUCAUUGUUGGCUACCAGACUCAGAACCAUCGAUUUGUUGAACAUUGCACCUACUACAGCCCAUGCGCUUAACGGUGCAUUCUCGUUGGAAUGCUGGGGUGGUGCUACUUUCGACGUGUGCAUGAGAUUCCUCUACGAAGACCCUUGGGCAAGAUUGAGAAAGUUGCGUAAAUUGGUUCCUAACAUCCCCUUCCAGAUGUUGUUAAGAGGAGCCAACGGUGUUGCUUACUCUUCUUUGCCAGACAACGCUAUUGACCAAUUCGUCAAACAGGCAAAGGACAACGGUGUCGACAUCUUCAGAGUUUUUGAUGCCUUGAACGACUUGGACCAGUUGAAGGUUGGUAUUGAUGCGGUGAAGAAGGCUGGCGGUGUAGUUGAAGCCACUGUCUGUUACUCCGGUGACAUGUUGCAGAAAGGCAAGAAGUACAAUUUGGCCUACUAUGUCGAUGUCGUUGACAAGAUUGUUGCUAUGGGUACGCACUUCUUGGGUAUCAAGGAUAUGGCCGGUACUUUGAAGCCUAAGGCUGCUACUGAUUUAGUCAGUGCGAUCAGAGCCAAGUACCCUGACUUACCUAUUCAUGUUCAUACUCACGACUCUGCUGGAACUGGUGUCGCCUCUAUGACUGCUGCUGCUAAGGCUGGUGCUGAUGUGGUUGAUGCUGCUUCCAACUCGAUGUCUGGUAUGACUUCUCAGCCUUCUAUCAGUGCCAUCUUGGCUUCGUUUGAAGGUGAGGUUGAGACCGGAUUGUCUGAGCGUUUGGUCAGAGAAAUUGACCACUAUUGGGCCCAGAUGAGAUUGCUCUACUCGUGUUUCGAAGCCGACUUGAAGGGACCUGACCCCGAAGUGUACGAGCACGAAAUCCCUGGUGGUCAAUUGACCAACUUGUUGUUCCAGGCCCAACAAUUGGGUCUUGGUGCUAAGUGGUUGCAGACAAAGGAGACAUACAAGAUUGCCAACAGGGUAUUGGGAGACGUUGUCAAGGUCACUCCUACCUCCAAGGUCGUUGGGGACUUAGCUCAAUUCAUGGUUUCAAACAACUUGACUGAAGAAGACGUCAACAAGUUGGCUGGUGAGUUGGAUUUCCCUGACUCAGUGCUUGACUUCAUGGAAGGUUUGAUGGGUACUCCAUACGGAGGAUUCCCAGAACCUUUGAGAACCAAUAUGUUAGGCAACAAGAGACAGAAAUUGAACGAAAGACCGGGUCUUUCGUUGGCUCCAGUUGACUUCUCUGCGCUCAAGCAGGAGUUAGUUUCUAAGUACGGCAAUUCCAUUAAGGAAGUCGACUUGGCCUCUUACACUAUGUACCCUAAGGUCUACGAGUCAUACCGUAAGAUCGUUGAAAAGUACGGUGACUUAUCUGUUUUGCCAACACGUUACUUCCUCAAGGGUAUCAAUGUUGGUGAAGAGUUGAGUGUCGAAAUAGAACAAGGUAAGACUUUGAUCGUGAAAUUGUUGGCUGUUGGUGAGAUCAGUCAACAGAAGGGUACCAGAGAAGUGUUCUUUGAAUUGAACGGUGAAAUGCGUUCUGUCACUGUAGACGACAAGACUGUUUCUGUCGAGACCAUCACCAGACGUAAGGCUACUCAGCCAAACGAAGUUGGUGCCCCAAUGGCUGGUGUCGUCAUUGAAAUCAGAACCCAGUCUGGAACGGAUGUCAAAAAGGGAGACCCUAUCGCAGUGUUGUCCGCCAUGAAGAUGGAAAUGGUGAUUUCUGCCCCUGUUUCUGGUGUUGUCGGAGAAAUCUUGAUCAAAGAAGGUGAAUCUGUUGAUGCCAGCGACUUAAUCACCAGCAUUCUCAAACACAACUAGAUUUGUGGAUCGUUAAGGACAUUAUGAAAAGAGAAAAGUAUCUUCGUCCACUUAUUACGUUUAGUUCUACAUCUUUGUUUAUUAUUAGUAUAUUAUCUGUUACUUAUUUUUGUUAUAUUUCCAUAUAGCUUUAUUAUGAAUUAAUGGUAGUUC